AUGAUAUCCGACAGAAUUUUGAAAAUUUCAUCCUCAAAGGUUAAAGAUGAGGAUAAAACUCGUGAGGAGCUCAUCGAAGAGCUCAAACACAUGAAAAAGUUAGCAUUGGCCAAUGGUAACUCUAGAAUUAUGUUGGAUGAAAUGUAUCAGGUAACUAUACAUAUUGCUCUUUGUUUGUUUGAUUUGUCCAUUAUUGUUAAUCGUUCAUUAUUGGAUCAUCAUGGUAAUCUAUUGGAUGUAAAUGAACCCGCUCUACAUGGAGGUGGUAUGAUUCGUUCGAAUAUCGUUGGUAUGCCAUUCUGGGAUUGUAGGUGGUGGGCUGUCUCUGAGAAGACAAAGAUCGAUUGUCGUGAAGCAGUGUACAGUGCAGCACAAGGCAAUUUCGUGCGUUACGAAGUCGAUAUCUUUGGAAAAUCAGCUGGUACAGAGACGAUCACUAUCGAUUUCUCACUGAUGCCACUCUUUGACGACAAUGGAAAGGUGUGGCUCAUCCUACCAGAGGGUAGAAACAUCACUGAAAAGAAACAGGCAGAGGAUGAAAUCGCAAGAAAAAACGACGAACUAAGAAAACUCUAUGAGAAAAUUAAGGAAUUAGAUGAAUUGAAAACACAAUUCUUUGCAAAUGUAUCACAUGAAUUAAGAACACCUUUAACAUUAAUUACUCAUCCAACAGAAAAGUUAUUAAAAGAUCCAACGAUUUCAGCUUCUUCAAAGAAAUAUUUGGAAGUUAUUGCAAGAAAUACACGUGGUUUGUUGAAACAUGUAAACAAUCUAUUGGAUAUCAGCAAGUUGGAAGCUGGUAAGAUGGAAGUACAAUAUGCAAUGGUCGAUGUAGGUCGUACAGUCAGUCUGAUUGCAUCGUGUUUUGAACUGUUGGCACGUGACAACAAUCUUGAUUAUAGUACGGUGAUUCCGGAUGGCGCUGCACUGAUGGCAGCUAUCGAUUCCGAUAAAAUCAAUCGUGUCAUCACCAAUCUCAUUUCGAAUGCAUUCAAAUUCACUCCACGCGGUGGAAAGAUUCGUGUACAGGUAGAUCGUACCACCAUGCCCAGUGGCGAAUUGGCCUUUGAGGUUGUAGUGUCUGACAGUGGUCCAGGUGUGCCCGAACAUCUUCACGCAAUUAUAUUCGAUCGUUUCAGACAGGUCGAUGGUGGAUCCACCAGAAAGCACGGUGGAACUGGUCUGGGAUUGUCGAUUGUCAAAGAGUUUGUCGAGCUACACAAGGGAACCGUCAGCAUCUCCUCGUCAAAGCAGGGAACCGGUGCGGUAUUUACCAUCAAGAUUCCAGUAUCUCCCAAUAUCGACUCGCUUGCCCACAAGACUACAAUCUCUGACUCUAAUGUUUCAUCGUUGGUCUCAUCGUCGUCGUUGAUUUCCGAAGACUCUGAGAAUCAUGUUCGCCAAUCGAUGGGUAGUGUGUUCAGUGCAGAGAUGAUCGCCAAGCAGGCAUCUGAGGAGUUGGAAGUUCGUGAGGGUUACAAUGCUAAUGGCGAGUUUGACAUGGAGGAGCCAGAGACAAUGGCCAAACCAUCGAUUCUCGUCGUCGAAGAUAAUGUAGAGAUGAAUCGUUUCAUUGCAGAGUUGUUGGCAUCGCGAUAUCGUAUCUACACGGCAUACGACGGUGUCGAAGGUCUGGAGAAACUAAAGGGAUUCACACCAGAUUUGAUAGUGACAGAUUGUAUGAUGCCAAACAUGAGUGGUGACGAAAUGGUCGAGCGAAUUCGUCAGAUGCCAGAGUAUGACAACAUUCCCAUUGUUCUCCUCACUGCCAAAGCCGACGAAAACAUGCGUGUCAAACUCUUGAACAACGGUUGUUCCGACUAUAUUAACAAACCUUUCAGUGCUGAGGAACUAACUGCACGUAUCACUAAUUUGAUGUCGAUGAAGAAAGCCAAGCAGUUCCUUCAGGAGGAGUUGAAAUCUGCCAACAAUGAUCUCGGUGAGCUAGUCAACGAGCUGGCAUCAAAGAAGCGUGACCUACAGUUAUUGGUGAAACAAUUGGACCAAGAGCGAUCGUUAUUGAAUCAGGCAAACACACACAAAGAUGAAUUCCUUAUGAACUUGUCACACGAGUUGAGAACUCCACUCAAUGGAAUACUCGGUUGGAGUCAGGUACUCCGCUACGAGCCAGACGCCGACGAACUAAAGCAUGGAAUAGAAACGAUAGAGCGAUGCGCGCGUGCCCAGAAUCAAUUGGUUAACGACCUACUAGAUAUGUCAUUGAUUAUCAGUGGUAAAUUCCAGAUCACUAGUGAACCUAUCAAUAUAUCAGAGAUCAUAGAGAAUGCUUUGGAAUCACUAACAUUCAUCGCAAAGACCAAGAAUGUAAAAUUGGAUGUCGAUGUGAAACAACAACAUUUUUGUGCGCGUGGAGAUUCCACUCGUCUUCAACAGGUCAUAUGGAAUCUGGUGUCGAACGCCAUCAAAUUCUCGAAGGAUUCGCAAGGCGCUGUAAGUGUACGGCUAAGCCGCUCCGACGGCAGCGACGUCUAUGGCGUCACCGGUGCACCAGCAGAUCACGUCAAGCAGAUGAUGGCAACCAACAAAUCGUGGGCAUUGAUCAGAGUAACCGAUAAUGGCAAAGGUAUAUCGGGCGAGUUUCUUCCACAUGUGUUUGAUCGAUUCCGUCAAGCCGACUGCAGUUCCACUCGACACUAUGGCGGUCUUGGUCUUGGAUUAUCUAUUGUAAAUAAUAUUGUUGAGUUACACGGUGGUAUUUCAUUUGCCUACUCUGAUGGAGUUGGCAAAGGUGCAUCAUUCUCUAUACUGCUGCCAAUCGAGCAAGAGAACCUCAAGCGAAGUCGAACCGAGCUGGAUACGCCACUGCAAAUGUACAACGGACAGGCAUUGGCCGGCCUGAAAGUAAUGGUAGUUGACGACUUUGAGGAGACGCUCCACCUCUUGUCGGUGAUGCUCACCAAGCAAGGCGCCAAAGCAGAGACAUAUCUCAGUGCAGCCGACGCAAUCAACGCAUUCCAACAAAACAUCAAAUCAACAGAUUCAACAGAGUCAACAACAGCAUCUGCACCUGUUGAUAUUAUCCUCACUGAUAUCACAAUGCCGCAUGUCGAUGGCUACAAAUUCAUAGAGAUGAUUCGUGAGCGAGAGAAUAGUCUCGGUCUUCCGGCAACGCCAGUCAUCGCCUUGACGGCAGCUGCUUCCAUCGCCGACAAAACCAAGGUCCAAUCAUUUGGAUUCAACAUGCACAUUGCCAAACCUGUAAAUUUAUAUGAACUCACCAAUUCAAUCUUAAAACUCACUUCAAAAACAUCAACAUCAACGUCUUCCUCACAACAACAAUUGGCGCUCACUCAUUCCUCAUCAUCUUUAACCACCAGCGCGCCAGCUUCGAUAACAACACCGUCACCUUUGUUAACAUCAACAACUACGACCACCACCACAACCACAACCACUACAACCACAUCAUUUUGUCCAAAAAAACAGUUGGAACAACAACUUCAUCAACAACAACCAAACCAUUUGAAUGGUAAUGGUAAUGGCAAUGGUGUACAUCCUACGACUAUUACUGAACCAAACAAUGACAUGAUUAUUGAUGAAGAGAAUCAAAGAGUGAAAAAGAAAACUAAAGAGUAA